AUGGCUGAAUUGCUUGUUCCAAAGGUAAUAGAUGUAUUGGGUGAUGUUGUCGUGAAGCAGCUUGGGGAGAAGGUUAACCUGGUGAUGGGGGUUGAAGAAGAGGUGGCAAAUAUCAAAAAAAGCUUGGAAACGAUUCAAGAAGUGCUGCAUGAUGCAGAGAGACGAAGGGUGAAGGAGAGACCUGUCGGAAAGUGGCUAGAAGAGCUUGAAGACAUAACAUAUGAGAUGGAUGAUGUACUGGACGAGUGGAACGUCAAGAUUCUGAAACCAGAAAAUGAGGGAACUUAUCGGAAUGCCAGAAUGCAGCCAACAUUGGGGAACAAGGUUCGUUCCUUUAUCCCAUCCCUUUGUUCUUGUCUCAAACAACUUCCUGUGCGUAGUGAUAUUGCUUCGAAAUUAAAGAAAAUAAAUGAAGAGCUAGAAUUAACUUUCGAAAAAGCAUGCCAGUUCGAAUUUAUUUCAAGUUCGGGGAUUCCUGAUUCUCAAGAUUUUCAGCGAAUUAUGACUACCUCAAUCAUCGACGAAUCAGAGAUCUAUGGUCGAGAAUCUGAUAAGGAUGCUUUACUUGACCAAGUUUUGUCUAAGAGUACUAGUCAAGGAAGAGAUGGGGUUCAAGUUAUCUCUGUAGUAGGGGUCGGGGGUAGCGGAAAGACCACACUUGCCCAGCUGCUCUUCAAUAAUGAUGAAGUGAAGAACCACUUUGAACUUAGAAAUUGGGUCUGCGUAUCAGAUCCUUUCGCCCGGAAAACGGUCGCGAAAGCUAUCCUUGAGAAUGCUGGAAAAAGUUCUCAUGAUGCAGAGUUGGAUCGGUUGAUCCGACGUAUAAAAGAAACUUUUUCCUGUAAGAGAUUCCUAGAUGAUGUAUGGACAGAGGACGACUCAAAGUGGAAACCUUUCCAAUACUCUCUCAAGGACGGGGCUCCCAGAAGUGUAAUCUUGGUGACAACAAGGAGUCAUAGAGUGGCCACAGUGGUGGGAUCGACUGAUACUCACCACCUGAGCCUGAUCUCUGACUCCGAUUGUUGGCUAAUAAUGCAAAGGAUAGCAUUUGGUGGAAGAUCAGGGGACUUGUGCAAGAAGGUGGAAAUUAUUGGGCAGAAAAUUGCAGAAAAGUGCAACGGGUUACCACUUGCUGCAAAGACUAUGGGAAGCUUGUUACGGUUCAAAGAUACCGUACAGCAGUGGCAGAAGUCCCUUGAUUUACCAACGUCACCAUGGAAUCUGAUAAAUAUAUAUGCAUACGGGAGACUUCGCCACAAAACUCUGUUGUAA